UGUUAAGAAAGAUCGAUAUCAUCAACAAUGUCGGGAGCACAAGGAGCAGAGCCGAUGGGGUCAAGAACGGCGACAGCGUAUGAGUCGGUGGAAGGAGGACAGAACAAGACUAAGCUUGAUAUAAGGUCAAAGGAAGACGAAGGUGGGAUUCAAGUUGACAAGCUUGAAGACAAGGUCUCUGAUGCUGCUGGUCUUGGCGGACCUGUCUUUGGUGCUGGUAAAGAUGACAAGAAGCAGGAUCUUGGUGUUACCGGUACCGGCUAAGAUCUCUGUAAUAUAUGUGUAUAUGCGGU